AUGGCGAUCCAGGGCGAAGUUGUUCAACAGUGCACUGUUCUCCUUGCCGGAGCCCAAGACGGCGACCGGUUGGUGAAAACGGUCCACGAAGUCCUGAACAUCCUGGAGCGGCACGGGCACGUCUACUCCCUGCAGCUGAAGCCGUCCAUGGUUGGCAUAUCCCCCCUGAACCGGGACGGGUCGGGUGUGAACCCGGUGGACGUGCAUGAACUCCUGUCAGACAUCGCCACGGCGGGGUGGCUGGAUACCCGGGUGACAGCCAUCGCUGUCGAGCCGUGCGGGGAGGAGGACCUGAAUUGGAACUCCGAAUACUUCAAACGGACAGGUGGACUGAUCGGCACGGUAGACACAUCACAGCUGAAGGCCUUGAGCCUCGCAGGGUCUCACACAAACUGUGUGCUCCGCUGCUUCCUUCAAGAAGUGGCUCACACAGGCGAUGAAGCUCUGUGCCACAACGGCCGGCUCUCUCUGGAACUUCUCAGCAAAAGAGACCAGAGCUUCCACAGGGCAGUGAUUGACGGAGUCCCCUGGAAGCCCGAUUUCGCUAUGAUCAAAAAGAAAGCCACAACGGGCAAAACGGUGCACCUGAAAGCCCUCCCCUUCUUGUAUCAGUUCGCCCUCAAAGCCGCUGGAGGAAGAGAUCCGUUUCUUUUGAACGAAACGGAGAGUUUCGUUCGACUCCACUCUCCAAGCACACGAUCCCUCGGCCACGAGUUUUGGGAGAAAGUGGUGGCUGAUGCGAAAGGGGCGAACCAGGUCGUCCGUUUCAGACAUGCCAUGGUCAAGCUUGCAUACUGCAAGGAAGCGGUGGGGCCGAGUGAGUGCAAGAAAAUGCUGCACAAAGACUCGUGGUCCUCUGUGAAGGAGGCAGACAGCAUCAUGAACACAUGGCGAAAGUUGGUGACGGCCCUGCCGAAUGGGCAAGAGCUUCUCAUGAUUCCUGAAGUUCAGACAUGCAUGUCGUAUGGCGACAUGUCGAUGGCGGCAUACACUCUGAACGUGACCUUGCCAGGAGAGGAUAUCAAGAAGUACAAGACAUGCCAGUCUCUUGCACAUGAUCUGGUGCUCAUCUUGGAAGGGAUCUUGAACCAGGACCUGCAGUCCCCAUGGUCAGCACACCAGCUCACAGAGUCGCAGGGUUCAUCACAGUCAAAAGAUGUUGGAUCCCAGAGGCCCGCAAUCAUGCGAGAGCUUAGCUCGGAUGGCUCAGUCAAGGAUUCGGCGCUGAUGCUCAAGGAAGCCGGUUUUGCUGUCGGGCAGCAUGUUCGCCGAAAGGCAGAUCAGGAGACGGGCAUGUUGAUGGCCAUGGAACAGGGUCGUGUGAAGUUGAAGCAGCCAUCGGGAUCCAUAGUGCGGGUGUCGAUCGAUAGCUUCCUUGCAGGGCACUGGCAGGUGUUCACUCCGAAGCCGGAGCCCCAGACCGUCGAGGACUUGUCAUUGUACUCGCCAGCGAACUUCCCCGAAUACGAACGACAGAUGCUGUUGGCAUGCUUGUACAUGGACAUGCAUGAGCUCAUGCAAAAGCACGAAACGAAUCCCAUGCUGCAGAAGCUGAAGGUGACUUUGAAGCCUCGUAAGUCAGUCGAAGCCACGGCAUUCAUCCCGAGAAACAAGCUCAUCAUGGUCCCCGUGGGUUUGUCCAUCAAGCACGGUCAGAAGAAGCCCGAGGAUACGAUUUUCGAGAUCAUCACCCCCAUGAGUGACUACUUCUUCUGGAUUGUUUCGUUCAUUCAGAUUCCGAAAGCCGAGGGGGAUGCUGGCUUCAUCAAUCCUGCAUUCCUUGUUCAGCCCCUUCCGCGAGUGAUACUUGGAAUUGCGAGUUUUCGCAUGUGA